AUGAUCCAUUCCAGUAAUGCGUCUUAUCUGUUGUACUAUGGUAAUGGUAUCCUAGUUCUUCUGACUCCUCUUCAGGGUCUUAAUAGUUCGCAGCUAGAAAAAGAGAUUGCCGAUGAUCGAUCUCUCAGCAACGAACGUUAUUUCGGUUUGGUGAAUUUUGGAAACACAUGUUAUUGCAAUUCAGUUCUUCAGGCGUUGUUUUUCUGCAAACCUUUCCGUGAUCGGGUCCUUCAAUACAGACAAAGUCGUACGCAAAAGAAAGAAACACUGUUGAGUUGCCUGGCAGAUUUAUUUCAUGCCAUCACAACUCAGAAAAAGAGUGUGGGUCAGAUAGCACCUAAAAAGUUCAUCAAUAAGCUGAAACGGGAGAAUGGCGCGUUCGAUAAUUAUCUUCAACAAGAUGCUCAUGAAUUUCUCAUCUAUAUCCUGAACGAGAUAGCCGAUAUCCUACAAGGUAAGGCGACUGAACAAUCCUCGGGAGCAUCACAUUCUCCAAACCACAGUGAUAGUCAGCUGAAGAACGAGGAUGUGAACGGAGAACGUUCUCACAACUGGAUUCAGGAGAUCUUUCAAGGUUGUCUGACCAACGAGACACGAUGUCUCACUUGCGAAAAUGUCCGCAUUAAGGAUGAACACUUUCUGGAUCUCUCUGUGGACGUGUCCCAGGAUUGGAGUAUUUUCCAUUGCCUCAAAUGCUUCUCUGACACGGAGACAAUGCAAUCCGAGAACAAGUAUUACUGCGAAUUCUGUCGGUGCAAACAAGAAGCUCAAAAACGGAUGCGAGUAAAAAAGCCGCCGUUGAUUCUCGCCCUACAUCUGAAGCGCUUUAAAUACUCAGAGGAGGUGAACAGCUUUACUAAAUUGUCCUGCCUUGUAACGGUUUCGACCGAACUGCGCCUGCCAAAUACAUCGGAUUGCGCAGCCGAUCAGAAUUGGUUGUACAAAUUGAUCGCGGUCGUGGUACACUCGGGCUCCGGACCGAAUCGUGGCCAUUAUCUGACACUGGUCAAAUCCCACGGACUGUGGCUUUUGUUUGAUGAUGAGGUGGUUGAUGUGAGUGUUCCAAUUGUUCUUUUUUCCUUUCUUCCAUUGUUAUAUUGUCCUCGAUCAGUGCGAGUGUGCCAACUAUUUUUUGAGGCUGUUUGGAGCCUGUGCACAAAUUUCAACUAG